UUCGGAUAUUAAUGGUGCUUCAACAUUCACAAGAGAACUUCACGGUCCAAAUUCAAUAUAAAGGAGAUUGUGCUUGACCUGCAUUUCAUUCAGAAAUAACAUCGUCGCGUGCAGCAUGUGCACGAUCGCGAGAUUACUCGGCUGCACGCUGGUGUUCCUGUCGUGCGCCGCCGUGUUCGUAAUCGCAUCCGAACAAACGAUAACUAACUUCGAGACGGUCCACACGAGCAAUGCCGCGAUCCUGAAUCGGCUCGGCCUCGCGCCGCUUCAGAUUCCCGAUGGACACCACAAGAAACGGCUGGCGGGUCCCGAACCGCCUGGACUAAACUCCCAGACGAGAAUUCAUCAGCCGUACAGCCGUCGACACGGUCAUCGAGACAGCCACGUCUACAUAGUGAAGCUUCCGGCCAGCCCGCCGUACUACACCAUCACCAAGCCGCACAAGAACGUGAAAGACGAGAAGGUAACUAAGACCGGGCCGAAUUUCCCCGUAGGAUUUCAAGGGAAUGGAAAACCGGCCAAGAUCUAUCAUUGGAAUCUCCCCGUCGUGAAGAAGAUCAGCGAGAAGAAGAGGCUCCACGCUCAGAUGAAGAUGGAGCAAGCGAAGAAGAAGUUGGACGUCUCGAAGAAGUAUCAAGGCUCGUCGAACAUCGAGGACGGUGCUCGUCAACAACAAGGUAAUCAGGAUAAUCUCUCUCUCCAGGAGAAGAAGAAAUAUUUCGGUGACAACGGGAAGAUUCGCCAGAGCGGCGGCAGUCCCUCGAAGCACGUGAGGAACAACGACAAGAGGCUGAGCUAUCCCGAGCACGAGGACAAAAAGUCGACGAAGAAGGGUAACAACAUUGGGACGAGCAACAAGACGUACAGGCUGGACGAUUCGGGCGUGCACAGGAUCCACUUGACGAACGAGCUCCACGGGGCGAGGAACACCGCCAAGGUGAAGAAACACCGGAAGAAGGCUGCCAUGUCGUACUACGCACCGAUCACGGGCAAAUCCGGAUCGACGAGCAUCCACAAGAAUUUCCCCGGAAACGGGAAGCCGAAGGCGUUCUACGUGAUGGAGAAAAGUCGCAAACCCGUCUACUAUCACCCCUUAUUACCGUAAUCCGCGACUCGUCGAGAAUAUCCGCGUAAUCGCGUCACGUGUUGGCGGCCCGUUGUCAGCUUGUUAACUUAAAAUAGUCGCGACACGUCGACGACAAGCCGAGGAUCAGAUGUUUGAGAAGGACGUGGGCGAAAGAAUGAGAAAGAAUGCGCGCGUGUGAGGGGGAGAGACAGAGAGAGAAUGAGAGAGCGAAAGAGAGAGAAUUGUCGGAUCGGAGUCGUCCUUCGCGCUCGAAGCCACGCGUAUCCUGCAAAAACCGUUCCACUUCUGUUACAGUUGUUAGAGAUAUUUAGAUUUAGGUUCACUCCGAGACUUUCCUUCCUCUCGGAGGGAAGGAGAGGCGGACUUAAAUUUAGGAAUAGUUUAAGGAGAAUUUUGCAAACGCCUGCGACUGAGUUCGACGAUAAUGGUAUAUACGCUCAGAGAUAAUUAAGUCAGGGAAGGGAGGCGAUCGUUGGCGCUUUUCUUCUUCCUCCGGUUUUUCUCGGCCGGUGCACCAACGACCGCUUCCCGCUUGCUACGUUCAACUUGUAUAAUAUAUUUUUAUAAGUUUAACAGAUUAACUUUUUCUAUCGUACGUCGAUGUGUGCCGUUUUUUACAAAAGAUUAUAUACACCGUCACGCGCGAUUGUUUUAUGGAAGAUGCCGAUCAUGCGAGGAGGAAACCGGGGAAGGAGAGAGAAAACGAUCGAGGAUACGAUGCGUAGCAAAGCAGCGAUAAUAAAUCUCCAUGGAGCAAUCGAUCUAGAGCGAAUUUCUACGAAAGACUGGACAAUAUUACUGCAUAUUACUUACUCGUCUCUAAGGGAUGCACAUGCCUUUUCUAUUUGUAUAUCCGUGCAAGGAUCUUUUACUGGUUCUUCUUUUUCUAAUAUAAUGAAUUGCAGAAGCGCGAGAGCAGCAGACAUUUUUUAUAUUCUUAUAUUCGUAUGUUAUAGGAAGAAGCUCAAUUGUAUCGAAACCAUGGCAUUCAGUGUAGCGUAAUAAAAGUAUUUAUAGUACUUUGUAA